AUGGCAACAUUUCUAUUACAUCGGAAACAACCAUUAAAUCGCAAACAACGUUUAUUGGAAUAUAUUAAAAUACAAGAAAAAUCAAAAGAAUUAGAAAUCGAAAAAGAAAUUGAAGCAGUAUUCGAAAAAUUGGUAUCAGAUCCGGACGGUGAAUCAAAAGCUUCUAAAAUUGGCCCAAAAGAAGUUAAAACCACCACUAAACGAGAACACCAGGAGACAAAUCCAAACAACAGCGACAGUCCACCAGCGAAGAAACCAAAACUUGUAGAAUUACCAACUCAACAACUCAAGGAAUACUCGGAGAAAUUUAAUUCUGUAGUUGAACAAGCAGAAAUUCUUCAUAAACAACUCCAGGAUGUGGCCGAACAAGGAAUCAUUGUUUGUGAAGAUGCAGAUGUUGCCUAUGAAGAUGUCAAGACCGUUGUGGAAAGAGAACAUUCACCAGUUCCAGAAAUGAAGAUGAAACAGUCUGAUAAAAAACCAAUCAAGAAAAUUCUCCAUAUUACUGGUGAUUCCACUCUGGAAUAUUACGAAGAAGAAACAACCGAUGAUUUUGAUCUUGCCAACGAAGAAAAAGAAAAUUCCCCAAUUAAAGAAAAGAAGAAGAAACGCCGAUCUUCCAAGAAAUCUACAAAGGAACAUGUUCAUAUUACAGGCGAUUCACCAUCUUUGGAGGAUUACGAAGAGGAAGAAUCAUCAUCUGGAAAAUCAUCACCCGUUUCUGACAUCAGUAAUCAAUCUCAAGGUUCACUUGAUUGCUAUCCCCGUGAAUCCGCCGUCAAUCCAGAGUACAUGGUUAUUGGACCCAACGAAACUCACAUCAGCAAAUACGAUUUCAAAAAUAUCGACUGGAAUCUUUCGGCUCCAAUUGUAACAAGGAAACUUCUGUUGCAUAUUUUUGGACGAGAAAUUCUCUCGACGCAUAGUUUAACUGGAAAACCAUCACCCGCCUUCCUCAACGUCAACAAGCCACUCAAGAAGCCUUUGGAUGCAAAUAAGGUUGCUGACAUUAUUUACAUUGUGACAAAUAAGAUGAAUGUCAAGCCUAAGGAAGUUCGCCUGGCAAUUACUAGUAAGUGUGCUGAUGAACAAAAGAUGCGAAAAACUCGAUUGUCAAAAUAAAUAGCCUAAGGAUGAAUAUCAACAGUAGUUUUAAGUCCAUUCCAAGAAGUCCGUUCAAAUGUAUCCAGCAAAUGUA